GCGAGUCGCAGCUGUCAUGGCGGAGACGGUCUGGAACCCUGACACCGGGGAGGCUGUGUAUCGCUCCCGGGACCCCGUGCUCAACUUGCGCCUCCGAGUCCACCUGCAAAGAAUCACAUCCAGCAACUUCCUCCGUUACCAGCCCGUUGCCCAGCUUGGGAAGGACCUCAUAGACUUGGCCACUUUUAGGCCUCACCCAACUGCCAGUGGACACGGCUCAGAGGAAGAGGAAGAGGAAGAGGUCGUGAUUGGGUGGCAGGAGAAGCUCUUUAGCCAGUUUGAAGUAGAUCUGUACCGAAAUGAAGCAGCCUGUCAGAGCCCUUUGGAUCAUCAGUACCGUCAAGAGAUCCUGAAGCUGGAGGAUUCUGGUGGCAGGAAGAACCGAAGGAUUUUUACCUACACGGACUCUGAUAGAUACACCAAUGUGGAGGAGCACUGUCAGAAAAUGACCACUGCGGCCCGGGAGGUGCCAUCAUUCUUGGUCGAACGAAUGGCCAAUGUCAGGCGACGACGGCAGGACAGGCGAGGGAUGGAAGGCGGCAUCCUCAAGUCACGAAUUGUCACCUGGGAACCCUCAGAAGAGUUUGUCAGGAACAACCAUGUCAUCAACACCCCUCUUCAGACAAUGUACAUCAUGGCAGACCUUGGGCCGUAUGGAAAACUUGGCUAUAAGAAGUAUGAACAUGUCCUCUGUACUCUGAAGGUGGACAGCAAUGGUGUGAUCACAGUAAAACCUGAUUUCACUGGCCUCAAAGGACCUUACAGAAUUGAGACUGAGGGGGAGAAGCAGGAGGUGUGGAAGUAUACAGUGGACAAUGCAUCCUCCCUCGCACAGCCAGAGGAGGAAGAGCGGGAACAGCGUGUGUUCAAGGAUCUUUAUGGCCGGCACAAGGAGUAUCUCAGCAGCCUUGUGGGCACGGACUUUGAGAUGACUGCCCCAGGUGCCCUCCGGCUCUUUGUAAACGGAGAGGUAGUUUCAGCCCAAGGCUAUGAGUAUGACAAUCUCUACGUCCACUUCUUUGUGGAAUUGCCAACCACUAAUUGGUCAAGCCCAGCAUUCCAGCAGCUCUCAGGAAUAACACAGACCUGUGCCACCAAAUCCCUGGGAAUGGAGAAGGUGGCUUACUUCUCCUACCCAUUCACAUUUGAGGCCUCUUUCCUCCAUGAAGACGAAUCUACUGAUGCUCUCCCAGAGUGGCCUGUGCUCUACUGUGAGGUCCUCUCACUGGACUUCUGGCAGAGGUAUCGUGUGGAAGGCUACGGGGCCAUGGUGCUGCCUGCCACCCCAGGCUCGCACACCCUGACUGUCUCCACGUGGAGGCCCAUGGAGCUCGGCACGGUGGCUGAGCUGAGGAGGUUUUUCAUUGGCGGCUCUCUGGAACUGGAGGACCUUUCCUACGUGCGGAUACCAGGAACCUUCAAGGGGGAGCGUCUGAGCCGCUUUGGGUUCCGCACCGAGACCACAGGCAGUGUCACAUUCCGCUUGCACUGUCUGCAGCAGUCCAGGGCCUUCAUGGAGUCAAGCUUCCUCCAGAAAAGGAUGCGGAGUGUGCUGGACCGUCUGGAAGGUUUCAGCCAGCAGAGUUCAGUUCACAGUGUGCUGGAGGCCUUCCGUCGUGCCCGGCGCCGCAUGCAGGAGGCCCGAGAGAGCCUUCCCCAGGACCUAGUGAGCCCCUCGGGAACCAUGGUUUCCUAGCUCACUGUGGCCCCGGUCCCCUCUGCAAGAGGACAAGACAGGUACCAUCUGAGGCCAGUGCCCUCCCGCGUCUUCAUCUUUCUCACAAGUGACCCCAUUGGACUGCCGAGAACCAGAAGAGCUGAGCAAGUCCCAGGCCAGCCCCUCUGCCUAAUCUUCAGCAGGGCCUCCCCGCUGCUGGGUAGCAAUAAUGCUGGAGACCCUAUGGUGCCCCUCUUCAUAUUUCCUUUCCUGCAAGUGGCUGUCACAACAAGGCAGGCCUGUUGGGUUAGCCCAGUGUGGGGUUCUCUUUUCUGGCUUGUCUCACUGUCUCAAGAGCAGGGAGCUGCAGGUGCCUCCUGCUUCUCAGCCUGCCUUACAAAUGGAGGCUCAAGUAAGGGAAGAAGGAGAGAUCUUGAAUUCCUGCCUGAAGGCCUCAGCCUCCUCUUUCUAGGGUAGCCUUGUCCUGCUGCCUGGGGUUUGUUGGGUUUGAGAUAUGAGUAAGUGAAGGCUGAAGGCAGUGCCCAGUCCUCUCUGCUAGCCAGGUAGUAUCUUUUAUUGUGCUUUUUGUACAUAAGAACUUUUUAUACUGA